AUGAGGACAAAGAUGGAUCCCAAACGCAAUGGCACUGAGGCUACCGAGUUCAUCCUCCUGGGACUGACCAGCCGGCCAGAGCUGCAGCCUGUCCUUUUCACAGUGUUUCUCUUGAUUUACCUCAUCACACUGACUGGAAACUUUGGGAUGAUCUUUCUGAUCAGAUUCACUCCCCGGCUGCAAACCCCCAUGUACUUCUUCCUCACCCAUUUAGCAUGUGUGGACAUCUUCUACUCCACUAAUGUCUCCCCACAGAUGCUCGUCAAUUUCUUAUCUGAGAAGAAGAGCAUUUCCUACGCUGGCUGUUUGACCCAGUGCUUUGUGUUUGUGACUUUGCUGCUCACCGAGUACUACAUCCUCGGCGCCAUGGCCUAUGACAGGUACAUGGCCAUCUGCAACCCCCUUCGUUACAGCAGCAAAAUGUCCAGGCCCGUCUGCAUCUGCCUGGUCACCUUGCCCUAUGUCUGGGGCUCUGCAGUGGCCACGAUGCAGGUAACGCUGACCUCUCGCUUGUCCUUUUGUGGACCCAACACCAUCAACCAUUUCUACUGUGCUGAUCCCCCACUCUUAAUGUUGACGUGUUCUGACACUUCCAUAAAGCAAACCGCCCUGUUCGUGUCAGCAGGGAUAAACCUCACCUGCUCCCUGCUCAUCAUCCUCACCUCCUACAUCUUCAUCUUCACCACCAUCGUGAGGAUCCGUUCCAGUGAAGGGCAGCGCAAAGCCAUCUCCACGUGCGGGUCUCAUCUGACAGCGGUCUCUAUGUUCUACGGGUCCCUCUUCUGCAUGUAUCUGAGACCAGCGAACAAGCAGUCUGUCGAGCAGGGGAAAAUUGUGGCGGUGUUUUGUAUCUUCGUGAACCCUAUGCUGAACCCAUUUAUCUACAGCCUGAGGAACAAGGAUGUCAAGCAGGCUUUGAGAGGAGUGUUGGUUAGAAGCCUUAGUAAAGUAGACAAAACUUCAGCAUCUACAGUCUCCCACUGA